AGGAACGUUUCAGCCUCUUUCUGUCCCAGAGUAACACAUCACGGACUCUACAGGCUGGAGAGCAAGAGCUACUCUGAAAGGCAAAGUGGUCUGUUUCAGGGACUAAGACCUCCAACAGAAAAUCAGACCUGUUGCUGAAGAAGUACAGUUCACCUACAUACCAGGUGAAGAUGAGAUAGCUACGUAAUUUAUCCUGCUACUGUUGCAUUAUUGCUACUGGUGUUGCAUACAAGUGAAUCGAUUCAUGCAAGUACACAAGUUCAAAGUGUGUGUGUGUGUGUGUGUGUGUGUGUGUGUGUGAGUGAGUGAGUGAGUGUGAGUGUGUACAAAAUGUGUAGUCAACUUGCUGAUGAAUGUCUGUCGGGAUAAGAGCGUCUGCUAAAUGACUAAAAUGUAAAUGUAAAUUUUCUGUCUCUUCAGUUGAUGCAGAGAUUGUAUCAACUGAUGCUAGCAACAAAGCCCCACCAAAUGGGGACUGGUCGUGGGCAUAACGUUCAUCAAGAUAUGCUUAUAUCCCCUACCCUUCUCCUAGUGAAUGCAUUUGGACACAUAUCCUACACAUACACAUAUCCUCCAUGGGGCGUAUUCAUUAGGCCACUGAAAAAAACAUGACCCUGAUCACUUAUCUCUCUCUCUUUGGUAGAUGAAAGUGUAUUCAUCCAUCACUGUAUCCAUAACACUUGUCUUCACUCCUUUCCCCCCCUGGACUCUGGUGACAAAGCCACCCUGUUCCUCAACAUCUACUGUGACUACGAGCCAGGGUCAGAGUUCAACCUGGAGUUCAUUGCACGUGAGUCAUCUGUCACCUGCUGCAGCUGAAUCACAUAGAAGUUAACACACAAUUCCCUUCUGGUAUUCACAUAGUUGUACAGGGUUGUGUUAAUUAAAAACACUGUAGUAAAGUGUUUCAAAACGUUAUACGACAGAAAACAAAAAAGAGAGUUUCUUAUUGGACAGUUCAGAUAGUACCUCCUCAUUUCACUCUGUUAUGUUAGUUUUCUUCUGUUUCGUGCCUAGUGAACAUGAACCUGAUUUUAGCCAAUUGCUUUGUCUUCUUCUUAGAGAGCUGCCUGAACCUGGAGCUGCAGUUCACCCCCUUCCAGCUUUACCACACAGAGUAAGUACUGUACACACUACAGUGGGCCCUUAUCUAACUGGCCUAUACAACUUUACAGGUUAAACAUAAACAUAGUUCAUACUUCUUUGACUCCUUUCAAGGCCUACCACACAUUUUAGGUGCACAAUGCAUGCAUGAACGACCCAAUGUAUGAGUUUAGAUGAUACAAUUUAAUGUAUAAAAAAGCCUGGCAUGACGAUAUCAUGUUUAUCACUUCUUUACAUUGUUAAUGACAUGAAUAACAACAGCAUAUCACUGUUCCAGAAUGCAGUGUGGAGAUGGAUGCAGUGAGACAGUGUUUCUGCUCAGUGGUCAUGACCAGAGGAUUCAUCUUUACAAGGAGGUAAGCCUGUGUGUGUGUACACUGAGUUUUGUAAUGUUUGGUGUGGGAGACUAGUAAACAUCUCUUCUCUCCAAUAGAACUCUUCCCUUCACCAGUUUGAAGAGCAGCCAGUGGAGAGACUCAUCCCUGAGCUGAAAGACCUGCCCAGCAAGUUAGUUUGUGUUCCCUCUGUCUGAUGUUCCCUCCAAGUUGUGUGUGUGUGUGUAAUCACUAUUCCCUCUCUCUGCAGUGUGUUGUUGCUGGAUGUGCUGAGUAUCGAGGCGGUGGUCGUCUCUCAGCGUUUGGCUGUCAGAACGGCUGCGUAGGUCUGGCUCUGGUGAACCAGAUUGGACCUGGUGAGGAUGGCCUAUACACAACAUACAAACUACCCCAUCUUAGAUUGCGCCCCAACUAGUACUUUAUUCCCUAUUUAGUGCUUUACUUUUGACCAGGGUCCAUAGGGCUUUGGUUAAAAGUAGUGCACUAUAUAGGGUAUAGGGUGCCAUUUGCGAACUAACCUGACAGUGGCCACCGUGCUCACUCUCUCUUACUAUGACUAUACAUAGCCAACAAAGUAACAAAGGGGGUACUUUGAGUGAACUAUCCCUUUAACCAAAAAAAGCAAGGCUGGAUGUUUAGCUACAUCACUUUGGAAUGCAUUGAAUUCCUGUGUUUUCGUUUUUUAAAUUGCGUCCGCGCGGAUUAGAGGUUGUGUAGAGUUGGCGAGUGCAGCAGGUCAUUCCCAUCUCCACCGCGCUGCUCAUCCCUCUGCAUUCCAGGGCAGAGCUGGCGGACCCCGACAGGGUCGGAGAGGGGGAGUGUACG